CAAUGGAGCUGUAUAUACAGGAGAGAGAGACUCAUACGUUGAGCUCAACGAAAAAAAAAAUGGCGGCUAUGUUUUUAGCAAAGAGAGGAACCAUAAACAUGUACAGAGCUACUUCUUUACACAGGAAUUACAACAACAAUACUAGAUCUGUUGCUGAUGGAGUCAUUCCCAUCACUAUCUCUCGUUACUUCUCAUCCCACGCAAACAAGGGAAGCGAUAAGUCAAAGGAAGAGGGAAUGGGGACAACAACUGAUGGUAAGGCUCCGAAUGUGACAAUGAGUGAUGCGGCGGACUCAGCUAAAGAUGGAUUGAAACAAGCCAUCGACGUAGCCACUGAGGAGAGUGGAGAUGCGAGCAAGCACAAGAGUGCAGACAAUGAUGAAGGAAGUGAAGAGAAUGUAGCUGUGGGUGCAGAUGGAACCGUCAAAGGCCAAAAUCAGUCGUCAGGAUGAUACUAUACACAUACAUCAACUUGUGUAGAAAGGAUAUAAGUAAAAAUAAGUUGUAAGAAAUUGUACUUGAGUUUGGGGCAAGAGAAUAGUUUACUAUAUAACAGUGUCAUUU